CAACUUCGACCCCUGCUAUUUCUACGACUCGUUCGUCAUCCCCGAGAACCUGCACUUCUCCCAGCGCUUGUGACUGGUGGCGGGCUCGGACACCCGCCCUGUCCCCCCACCCCCACCCGAGGAGAGCCCGGAGGAGCCAGCCCCGGCCCCCAGGGUGGAAGAGCCCCGAGCAGCUACUCAGCAGCCAGACGUCACCCUGCUGCUUAUACGUCUCACGAGUCAUCCAGAAGAACCUGCACUUCUCCCAGCGCCAGUGGGCGGGCUCGGACGCCGGCCCUGCUCCCCCCACCCCUUCCCGCCACACCCCUCCCCCCCUCCCGCCACACCCGAGGAGUGCCCGGAGGAGCCAGCCCCGGCCCCCAGGGUGGAAGAGCCCCGAGCAGCUACUCAGCAGCCGGAAGUCUACGUCUCAUCAGUCAUCCUGAAGAACCUGCACUUCUGCCAGUGUCUGCUACUGGUGGCGAGCACGGUGCUCACAUUGCACCGAACGCCGGCCCUCCCCCCACCACCCCCACCCGGAAAGCGCUAGAAGAGCCGGCGCCAGUCCUGGCCCCCGCCCACGGGGGGGAGAAGCGCGGAGAUCCCCGAAUGGCCGCUCGGCAGCCAGACGUCCCCCCAGCCGACCCCCAGUCCUGCAGACCCCUCCACCCCAUCAGGAAGAAGCCUGCGACUACUCGGAUUACAUAUGAAUAUGAAGCUACUCAGACACAAGUAGACGUUGAUCACCAAUCUAAUGAAGUCACUUCGGUGUUUGCUUAUUGUGAAGAAGGCUUAGCGUCUAUAGUUGAUGUUCAUGCACUUAAGAUGCAUAAAAGUACACAAAUUUCUCUGAAAAGGCUUCCUCAUCGUAGUGUGGGCAUUCAGGCCAAAGUAAAAAUAUCAAGUAAACAAUCACGUGCUGCAACUACACAAACAGAUGAAUUAUGGUCUGUUCCUAGAACGUCUUCCCUAUUUGACAUUUACUCCAGUAAUUCUGAAACAGAAUUCUGACUGGGAUAUCAAGUACCUAUGCAGGUAGGUUAAAGAAGAGACAUCUUGAAUGUGGACAUCAUCAAAUCAUUCAAUGUAUUAUAGAUUUUAAUUCUUACCAAUGUGUAAUUAUUUCUUUUGCUGUUUUUCAUGAAAAUUUGAUGUUUCAUCACUAACAAGCCUUGUUUUAAGUGAGACAAAAAAAUUUCCUAUACUAAGAGCUACUGAAAUUGGUUCUGACAGCCCCUUUCUUCACCCUAUAUUCUUUUUAUUGGGGAGGGAAGAAACUAGCAGACCCAUAUAAAAGUGACUUUCCAGAGACAAUCAAGCAUCCGCUACUUAAGGAUAUUAUUAUUUUUGAAACUAUUUUAAAACUAUAAAACAACAACAAAAUGACUACGGGAAAAACCAAAUAAUAGUAAAUGAUUAGGAUAAGAGUUAGGAUGUUUACAUUUAGAUGGUUAUAUAUUUUGUUUAGUUCUAAUACCAUUAGAAUUGUGACUUUUUAUCUGUGGGAAUUCCUAGCAAAAGCUCUGUAUCUCAGAAAAUUUUCUCUGUAUAAUGGCGCAAUUGUUGGUUGGAUUUGAUUUACUUAAACUGUCUUGUAAGUCAGACUUCCAAGGUAUAGUUUUAGAUAAUUUAGAUUUCUAUUAAUUUCAUGCAUAGGAAUUGGUAAAGCCUUAUAUAAGACUGCAUUCCUAGAAGAAUUUCAAAUAUCUGUUCUUUGAUGACUUAGUUUUUCCUCUAUCAAUACCAUUUUUUACUUUUUAAUUCUAAUAAAUUAAAUGUUUAGAAAGUAUGUGCAAGUUAACUUGCAUCAACCGGGGAAAUUCCUAUGGCAAUAUCAUUCAAAUAGCUAUUCCAUUAUUGUGGUUUCUAGAGAAAUGUACUUUAUAUAUUGUAUUUGUUUUAAGAACAGUGAAACUUCCACUUUGCAUCUCUUGUAUACUAUUGGUUUUGUGCAGAUUGAUUGCACAUAUUUUAUCUCCAAGGGUAUAAAUAAUAAAAAGGGUUUUUGAAGUUCAUUUCAAAUAUGGAAAAAAAAAAAGAAGAAAACCAAAUUUGCCCAGAUUCAUAUGGCCUCAAAAAGGCUAAGGAAGUUUUCAAAUCUCUUAUAGCUGAUUCCAAGUCUCCCUGAUUCCACAACCUGUCAUUUAUCUCGAGUACCACAUAGUUGUGCUAAACCCUAUCACUUAGAAUAGUGUUUGGAAUAUAUUAUUAUAUCUAUCUGUUUAUCGGCAGCUAAAUGGCACAACAUAAGGAAAACUUAUCUUCCUGAGUUCAAAUUUGUUCAGAAACUUACUAACUUUGUGACUCUGGAUAAGUCACUUAAACCUGUUUGUUUCAGUUCCUCUUCAAUAUCUGUAUCAAGUAGGGGAAAAAUUGGUGACUACAGCUUCAGAACUGGGGGAUGGGGCUUACGUAAGGGCGAUGAAAUUCUUCAGGACCACAAAGGGAAUAGAGGCGGGAUUAACAGGUGUUGGAGGAAGAGCAGAUUAAUAGAUGUUUGAACUACGUCAGGCUGAAAUGUUAAAAUCCAAUGCAAAUUUCCUAAUUAUCCUAGUACUUUAUCUGAAUUUAAAAUUAUAUUAAAGGUUUCCUUUUGGUCUCCAACAUGUUUUCAUAUUCACUCCAACAAAGUAAAAGUAAACAGAACCAACCCUCAGCAUAUUUUUCAGCCUUUUCAUCCUCUCCACGAUCCAUUCUGGGUUUUCUUGGUAAAGUUACUGGAUUGUUUGCCAAUUCCUUCUCAAGCUCAUUUUUACAAGUAAGGAACUGAAACGAACAGGGUUCAGUGGCGUGCCCAGAAUCACGAAGUAAAUAAAUGCCGGAGGGCAAAUUGAACUCAGGUAGAUGAGCCCGACUCCAAGUCUGGGCAUGCUACCCAAAGUCAACGUAUCAGGGAACUUUUAGAGGAGCGUUUGUGGAUGAGGAUUGCCACUGGGCGGCGCCUUCUGCCUUUUGGUUUCUAACGACCGAAGGAUCGCUUGCUGGUCUUUUCCCAUGCCAAAGCUGGACAGGACCUUAAAGAGUUCCCUUAGUCCGCUCUUCCCUUUUUACGGAAGAAGAAAGUGAGUAUUAGAGCUAACUGCAAGGCAUUAGAGAGGUCCUUCACCCUCACUGGUGCACACUUUCCUCCACAUUUCCAUUACUUCGGAUUUCAGGCCAGUGCGCUUUUCGCUCUACAAACCGCGUAAUCAAUCGGCUAGAUGUAUCCAAUGAAUUAUCUCAAAGAGGAAAUGUCUGAAGCCACAUUUGAGCUCAAGUUUUCCUGAUUCCAAGGCUAGCACUCCAUCUGCUUCAGGUCAAAAUUCUCAUAAACCCUAACGCUUUUCACAAUGCUUGGAAUAUAAUCAUUAUAAUGAACAGUUCUCGGCGACACAGCACUUACUAGAUGUCAGGCACUGGGUUAGGGAUUUACAAUUGUUUUCCUAUUUGCUCCUCACAAAAAUCCUAGGAAGUGGGUGCUAAAACGAUCUUCAUUUUACAGGCGAGAUUAAACGAAAGUUUUAAUAGAAGAUUAGUGACACAUUCAGCUACUAGAUGUCCCAAGUGAGAUUUGAAUUCUUCCUUAAUUAGAAUUGGUUAGGAAAGAACUUCUCUAUUUUUUUUUUUGUUUGGGAGUUCGUUAUUUUUAAUAAUAGCUGUUAAUUUUCAAAAUACAUGUAAAGAUAGUUUUCAACAUUCACUCUUGCAAAGCCCUGUGUUCCAAAUAUUUCUCCUCCCUUCCCCCCACUCCCUCCCCUAUAUAGCAUAAUCCAAUAUAUGUUAAAUUUGUAUAAUUCUUCUAUACAUAUUUCCACAUUUAUCAUGCUGCACAAGAAAAAUUAGAUCAAAAAGGAGGGGAAAUGAGAAAGAAAAGGAAAAAACAAGCAAAUAACAAUUUUAAAAAGUUGUAAAUACUAUGUUGUGACCCAUAUUCAAGGAUUUUUCUUUAAAAUAAUGUAAGAGUUGGCUUUUUGACAGAGAAGAGAAUAUUAAUAACCAAAUUAUAUAGCGUUAAAAUUAAUUUUCCUCACUUUGAAAUAAAAUAUUUAUUCUAUCUCUA